UUCUUACUCUAUUCCUUUAAUUGGUAGAGAGAACAUCCAGGAAUAUGAAGGCAAGAUGGACGACAGGUACAAUUUAAGUCUGAGGGGCUGGGCAAGAACAGCUCCCAUACCAUGGUAAAGCCUGCCCACUGUGCCUCUGCGACUGUGCCUGCUCUGCAGUUGCGUGCAACAGAAUCACAUACUAAAGGCCGUCUUGUGGCCGGCUGCUUCAGUAUUUCGAGGCCCGUCUGCGUUUAGCGAGGGUCGGUGCUUUCUUCCUUUUCCCUGUCCCCGCUCGGCUGGGAAAGGAAGUUGCAGACAGGCAGGAGGGGUUCUGAGUGAUCGCUGGUACAGGGAGGGAAAACUUGUAGCUCAGCAUCCUUGGCUGCAACAGUUCUUUGUGUGCAGUCAUAAUGAUUCCAUGUCUUUUUAGGACGUCACGAAACAUAAAAAGAAAAUAUACCCUACACCGCCGCUGCCCACCUUCCCAACACAGCGAUCAGGAAGCGCUUCCGGCUUUCUGACCUCUCCAGGAGCAGCUAACUACUCUGGCAAGGUGGCCACUGCGCGUGCGCGUGCAACGCGUUUCUCCUUCCUCCCCACUGUAUCCGGUCCGGGCUCGCCUUGGUGGGUAGGAACCUCGGCUUUCAGAUCCCACGUCCUGGCAUCCGCAGUCGGGUUCCCACCCCGCCGGGACCCGCGCCUGCGCAGACAGUGGGCGUCAUCACCAUGGCAGCGCCCGCGGCGGGCCCGGAUACCGUUAUUGAUUGCAGGAUGCUGGAGUGAAAAUGUCCUGGACUAUUUCCUGAGAAAUCGCCAGAUCUCAACAGAAGACGGCGCGGAGAUCACCUGGUACCACGGUGCCAAUCACAGGGCGCGGAUGGAGGAGGCGCUGAGAAGGUUGUUACGGCAACGUGCCACGCCGAGACAGCCAUUUCUGCCACCUGUCACAGUGGACCAGGCCACGGAAACUGGGGUCAGGCUUCAUCGCUUCUCGUGAUUCUUCUGUGCCGCCCACAUGGUGGAAGCCGACGUGCUGCUCGGGAGCGCCGGCUCGGAGUGCGGCCAGCCCGUCAUGGCGCAUCCCCCGGACACCCACAGUGACAACUCGCUGCAGGCCUGGCUGGCCGCGCUCCUGCCCAGCACCAAAGGCAUCAAGCUGGACUUCAAGAGCCUGGAAGCGGUAGAGCCCGCCAUGGCCCUCUUGAAUGCGGUGAGAGGUCACCUGCAGCGCCCCGUGUGGAUUAACGCCGAUGUCCUCCCUGGUCCGAGUGGAAGCAGCACCGUCGUGGACGCAAAGCCCUUUAUAGACACCGUGACGUCCUUCUUUCCGGCAGUGACGCUGUCCUUGGGCUGGACGACAGAAUGGCAUCCAGAGAAAACCAACGAAGGGUACAGUUGGGCCAUGGUGAGAGAGAUGGAGUCCAUAUGCAGUGGGCUGAGUCAGCCUGUGACCUUUCCUGUCCGGGCGGUGCUGGUCAGACAGUCCUGUCCCCAGUUACUCUGGCUGCUUAAGAGAUCAGACAGGUACAGCCUGACCAUUUGGACUGGAAAGGACGAUAACUAUUCCACUGAAGAUUUACUUUACAUUAGGGACUAUUUUGAUAAAAAGAAAGUUUUCUAUGACAUUUUGGAACCGCAAAACCGUGAAUUUAAACAAGCCAUUGGAAUCACAGUUAAUCUCUAAGAAGAUUGAUUCCUUUUUUUUUUUCUUUUUUGUCCCGGGAAUUGAACUCAUGACCUCACGCUUGCCAGGCAGGCGCUGUGCCACUGAGCUAAAUCCCUGGCCAAAGAAGAUUCUUCUGAAUUAUUUCCUGCUUUGGUUUCAUACUCCCUCUCUGCUUUGACCUGAAUUAAUUGAUCAUUGGUUUAUGCUCAGUUCAUCCAGUGAGGAAAUGCGCGUUGCGCACUUCCUGUUAGAUACCAGCCCUCCUAAGACUGUGCUUACCUAGAGGACCUGGGAGAAGGGUUUGCGGGGCUGAGGCAGGACGACGGAGGAGUGGUCUCCUCCCCAGUGGGGUUAGCGUCCUUUGUCCUGCCCAGGGUAGCCUGACCAAGGCUCCUCUGCUUUAUUGAAAUGGCCCAAGGUAUGAAAUUUCCUUGUUCUUAACAUGCCACUUUUCUCCCGUUGAAUAAAUUGGUUUUGUGUGGGGAGAUGAGCUUCAGUUCAGAAUUCA